CUGAUCUGAAGAUUGUGGUAGUGACAAUGUCGACUCGGAGAUCUCCAAUCAUCAUCAUCUGAUCAGCGCACUGGUCUCAUGCAUGAACUAUGAAGCCGCGUUACGACUCGGGCCCAUUCAAUUAUCUAUAUCAAGGAAGGAUACAGGGCACAUCUUAUGCUCGGGCCAUCAAGAAAUAUGUCAAAUUCCGAGUUGUCGCCCACCCCCACUACGAUGCGGCAGUGCGUGAUCGACUACAUUACCCAACUCCAAAACGACAUCGUCAGUGCUCUCGAAGAUGCCUCAGUCCCCCCGUGUCGGUUCAAACGCGAUACCUGGUCACGUUCACAAGGAGGUGGUGGCAUCUCCUGCACAUUUGCCUCUUCCGCAGAUGAUGCCACCUACGAGAAAGCCGGAGUCAAUAUCUCCAUGAUCCAUGGGACUCUGCCCCCUGCUGCGAUCAAACAAAUGAGCAGCGAACAUUCAUCCCUGGAUGUCAAUACUAUGACUGCGCUUCCCUUCUUUGCAGGCGGCAUUAGCUUAAUCGUGCAUCCGUGCAACCCAAAUGCACCAAGUGCGCAUGCGAACUACAGGUACUUUGAGGUGAUGGAUUCCACAGAGGAAGACGCAAAAGUCGUUGGGUGGUGGUUUGGUGGCAUCACAGAUCUCACGCCAUCAUACCUGUUCGAGGAGGACGCGAAGGAAUUCCAUGAGACGCUGAAGGCCGUUUGCGACGCCUAUGGGACAGCCCUGUAUCCCAAGUUCAAGCAGUCUUGCGACGAUCAUUUCUUCAUUCCCCAUCGCAAGGAGUAUCGUGGUAUUGGAGGAAUUAGGUUCGACGAUCUUAACGACGAGAUGAACGCUAUCUUAGGCUCUGUAGAUGAUGAAGCCCGUCCCCGCACAGCAGAUGACAUCUUCGCCUUCGUUCGUUCUCUCGGAGAUGCAUUCACCCCCUCCUAUAUGGGUAUUCUCAAUCGCCGGAAGAGCAUGCCUUCUGAUGAGCGCAUGCGCCGUUGGCAGCUCCUUCGACGCGGGCGGUAUGUUGAAUUCAACCUCGUUUGCGAGAGGGGGAUUAAAUUUGGAUUGGCUGCACCCGGCGUUAAUGUGGAGAAUGUGUUGAUGGGAAUGCCGGAAACAGCAAGAUGGGAGUAUAUGUCAGAGAUGUUUGAGGAGAGUGAUUCGGCUGAAGGAAAGGUGAUGGAGGUUCUCAAGUGCCCGAAGACUUGGGUCCGGGAGUGUUAGAUCGAUCUUACUGUAUGCCUCGGUGCACGGAUACUCAAUAGUUUACCUGUUACAGCUUGAAAAUUUUGAUCGUAGUCUACCCUUCACUAACAGCUCCUGGCAGACUGACAACGGGUAAGCUCCAUUCAGAUAGUUCAUAUUCAACGUCAUAUUCGGAGAUGCGUAUCCUAUCACACAGGAGGGGCGACAGAGUUUAUAAUAUGCUGCAACCUUAUUUAUGCUGAUGAUGGGAAC